CAUGCUUAACCUCAGUCCAACACAACCCGAGUCCAAACAUUGGAAAGGAAAGAAAACCGUGGAAAGUGACAAGCCAGUGCAGUUUAAUACAAAUGCAUUAUUAUUCCCGUAUAUGUUACAAGUGUUUUAUGCUUUCCAUUUGUUAUAUGAAGAUUUAAAAUUAAAUGUAUUACUAUCAAGUAAUUUGAAACCUUUGUCUUCGUUCUUAUAUCAAUUAGCGAAAGAUUUGAGAUUGAAUAAUUAUGUGAAUCAUUAUUGGUUGGAUUUCCCUAAUGAUUACCAUUAUGAGUGUAAUGAGAUGGACUCUCAAGUGAGUGAUGCGAUGUUGAAGAAGCUCUCUCCACCUAAUUACUUCUCUCCGGAGCCUCCCGGGAUCUUCAGCUAUUUGAACUCGGUGUUGAAGAACUGUGAUGUUGGAUAUUAUCCUCAUUUACCAGAAGUUAAUGAUACCUGUAGAGAUCUUAUAGAGAUAUUGUGCACUGUGGGGUGCGGGCGCGGCGCCGGCGUGCAGCCGCUGAGCCAGCAGGUGCUGGGCAGCAGCACGCCGCGCCCGCACCGCCUCUCCGGCCCCGCGCCCGCGCCGCACGCGCAGGCCGCGCUGCUCGCCGCGCACAGAGGUUUCUUACCCCCUUAA